UUCCAGAGCACUCGCGAGAACAGCCGGCCACUCUCCCUGCUCGCUCCAAUCAUUUGUGGAAGAUGAUGGCGCGGAGACUCGAGCGAUUCUGCAGCCCAGGUAAAGGGAAUGGACUACGAGCCCUGCAGCGCAUGAAGCCUGGAGAGCUGCUUUACAAAGCUGAGCCCUUCGCCUGCACCGUUUCCAAAAAAGGGAGAGGCUCUGUCUGCGAGAACUGCUUUUCCAGGAAGCAGAGUCUCCUCCGGUGCUCCAGGUGCAAGGUUGCCAGGUACUGUGAUGCCCGUUGCCAGAAGCAGGCCUGGCUGGAGCACAAGAGGGAAUGCUUGUGCCUCAGAAGUUGCCAGCCCCAAAUCCCUGCUGACUCUGUGCGACUUGUUGGGAGGAUCAUCUUUAAAUUACUAAACCAUUCGUCCUGCCCUUCAGAAGAGCUGUACUCCGUGUCGGAACAUGAAUCUCAUAUCAAAGAGAUGAGUGAAGACAUGAAGGAAGGACUGGGGAACCUGACAGAGAUGCUGCAGCUGUACCUACAGGAGGAGAGCGAGGAUGUGUCUCGGCUAAUGUCAGGUUUAGAUCUGCUCCACCUCUUCGCCAAAGUAAGCUCACAAUCUGUUUUCUUCUGGGGAUGUUGA